AUGACGCGGACGCGGGAUGACGAGGUACACCCUCGCGUUUGGGUGGAGGGUCGAGCAGAUCCGGGUCAAGACGAUCCCGGCGGCGGGGAUUCCGGCGACGAGGCGCGUAAAGAGGCGGGCAACGCCGGCGAGGGUGGAGGCGGAUGGAUCUGGGGUGGAGGCACCGAAUCCGGCGUCGACGACGGCCAGCGGCGGCGUCCGGCGCCCGGGGACGCGACGGCUGUGCCGAAGGGCGGCGGUGAGGCUAGCGCGGGGUUGGUGGCGCUCGUGGCGGCGGUGGAGAUGGGGAGGCGCGCGCGGAUCCAGCAGUCGGAGCACCAAGGAGGCCGGCGGCGGGGUCCGGUGGUUACCGGCGACGACGGCGGGGCGGAGACGCUCGGGCGCCGAGCUGGAGGUGCAGGGCGAGGCGGGGAGCAGGCGGCGGCGCGGGGUCGGGCCGACCCGGGCCCCGAUGGACUUGGCGGGCCCCGCGCGGGCCUAGAUGGGCCGUCGGGGGCGGGGAGUGGGCAGGGGACGCGCUGGGGACGCGUGGCACCUCCUGGGAGGCUGCAGACGGCGGCUGGCCUAUAG